AUGGCUAAGAGUGAUCAGGGUUUUGAGGGGGACCAGUCGACUGCAGCAACUACUCGUUUUUCUCAGUUAUUGUUUGGUGGUGGUGGUGGUGAUGAUGAUGUUGUGGGUCUUGAUCUUGGCCAGGGUUUUAACUACAGUUGUUCUUCGUUUGCUGUUCGUGAUCAUGACAAGUCCCCCAAAAUGCUUUGCUUUGGGGGUCACCAAACUGAUGGUGAGAUUGUGUUUCGUGAAGAAUCUGCCAUUGUUGCUGCUAAAAAAACGGCUGCAUGCAGUGAUUCUUAUUCGGCUUCUUCUGGUAACAACAACAUAUCUUUCCAGGAUCCCUCGAAAUCGAAUAGAAAGAGGAAUGUCAUUGUUGAAACUCAACCGGCAAGCCGAAGAACCAAUAAGAAGAACAAGGCUGAGAACCCCACCACUGGGCAUGCAAAGUUGAGGAAAGAAAAGAUAGGGGAUAGAAUCACAGCAUUGCAGCAGCUGGUUUCACCUUUUGGCAAGACAGAUACGGCAUCCGUGCUCCAUGAAGCGAUGGGUUAUAUCCGGUUCCUGAAUGACCAGGUUCAAGUCCUUUGUUCUCCUUAUCUGCAACACCCACCUAACGAAGGUGAAGAAGCAGGGAAGGAGCUGAAGAGCAGAGGGUUAUGCUUGGUCCCUGUCGCCUGCACUUUGCAUGUGGCGAAUAGCAACGGCGCCGAUUUCUGGUCGCCGGCAAUGGGAAACAAUGUAUAAUGUGAAGCAGUGGUGGCAAAGAGAUUUUGACAGCCCAUUUUGAAAAAUCAAACGGGGUAAAAAAGUAGAAAAAACAGAGAAUCUGGGAAAGGUAACUCCUGAGACAGAGAUAUA